AUGAAAGCCGUCCGCUUCCAUGGUCGCGGCGACAUCAGAAUCGAUGAGAUCGAAGAGCCUGCGUGCGGAGAAGGUCAAGUUAAGAUGCGACCUGCUUUCGUCGGAAUCUGUGGUAGCGACCUACAUGAAUACACCGGCGGCCCUGUUCUAGUGCCCCAAAAGCCGCACAAGAUCACCGGAGCCACGCAUCCCGUUACCCUCGGGCACGAAUUCGGCGGGAUCAUCGAGGAGGUAGGAGAGGGCGUAACCCACGUUGUUCUGGGACAACGAGCUGUAGUGCGACCCACCAUCUUCGACAAAGAGUGUACGUCCUGCAAGCUCGGCUACGAAUACUGCUGUGAGAACAUUGGUUUCAUCGGACUAUCAGGAUACGGCGGCGGCCUCGCCAACCACAUCGUCGCACCAGCCGAGCACUUCUACCCGAUCCCCGACACAAUCUCUCUCGAAGCCGCGGCGCUGAUCGAGCCCCUGGCAGUAGCGUGGCACGCCGUGAACAUCUCGCCGUUCAAACCGGGCGACAGUGUUCUGGUCCUCGGCGGCGGACCAGUGGGGAUCGGGAUCGUCCAGGUCCUCAAGAUGCAAGGGUGCCAGAAAAUCAUUGUAGCCGAGCUGAUGGAGAACCGCAAACAGUUGGCCCGGGACUACGGUGCCGCGCAUAUCGUGGACCCGCGCGAAACGGACACAGCUACCCGCGUCCGCGAGCUGACCGACGGCGUCGGCGCAGAUGUCAUCUUCGAUACCGCUGGGGUGGAACGUGCGCUGAACGAGGCGAUUGGAGCCUGCCGCACCCACGGCACGAUCGUUAACAUCGCUGUGUGGGAGAAACGGCCCGCCCUGCGGGUGAACGACCUGAUGUAUAGCGAGGUAAAAUACACGGGGUCGGCGUUGUAUGAUGAGAGUGCGUUCAUGAAUGUUAUUGAGGCGCUGAAUCAUGGCCAGUUGACCCCGGAGAAAAUGAUCACGGCCAAGAUCAAGCUGGAUGAGGUGGUGGAGAAGGGGUUCGACGCGCUGGUACAUCAUCGGGAUGCCCAUUGCAAGAUUUUGGUCGAUGUGCAGGCAUAGGCUUGGAAUUUGCGGGUAAACUGAUGAUGCUACGAAUUUCCUUCCAUGUCAUAAUAUGACGUUGUUGAGUAUGUCGCUGCCACGCUAUGGUGACGCCGUGUCCC